UAGAGAUAAAACACAAGUCGAGAUACAUUAAGAAAAUCGAGCGAUCGUCCAAGGCAAAGAAACGAAAAACCUAAAAGAGAGAAACUCGCAAGAAUGAUGAUGAAAUUCAUUACGGUUGGGAUGAUGGCCAUUCAAUUGGCGGGUAUGAGCCAAGGGCAGAUAUUGCCCGAUCCUAGUGUUCCUGGCGAAAAUGGACCUACUACCGUUGGUAGCUUGCCCGUCAACUUUCCGACCUAUGGCCCUCCUACGAGCGGACCGAUCGAGUUUCCUCUUCCCACGAGUGGACCUGCUACGAGGGGACCCAUCAAACUUCCAACCCGUGUCCCUGAAGCCAGAAAUCCAUGCACAACCCGAGCGCGCAAUGACAAAUUACCAUUGCCGACAGAAUUGCCCGUAGUGAUCAAUGGCAAAGACAAGGGACCUACAGCAACCGUAAAACAAACAGCCAUUCCAGAAACAUUAAUGACACUCUUUCCACAGAGUACAGACAUGCCUAGCCAACUCCCCAUUAGACGUCGUGCCCGUGCACGAGCCCAUCUCCCUUGAAUAGUGUGUAUGUGAAAUGUGUGAAUAGUAAGAAAUGAACAUGUAUAAAGUAAAGAAUAAAAUGCGAUAAAAG